ACGGAUAAAGUAUACUUCCGAAAUGUUUGGUUUGUUUUUGAUAUUGUCGCACUCAAGUUGGCUGAAUCUCAAGAUGUUCAGGAAAAAUUGGUGCGUUUGGAUGGCAAAUUUGCUGUUGGCCGUCAAUUGCCAAGAUCAGCCAAUUCAUCUUACCCAUCGGGGGGACACCUCAAAGGCACAAAGUCACCCAUGGGUGCCAAAGCCGCUUAAAUUAAAGUCCAGCUCAUCCGCCAACUCCCUCGCGGAUUAUGUUCGGGCAGAUCUUUUUGACCCCAUCGUGGGUCUUGCUGCAAAGACUAAUAUCCUUCCUACUUCUCAUAAUGCCAAGCAACGACCCAAGAGAACCCUGCCCUUUUGGGACUGCGCCCUAACUUUGUGUGCCUUUCAAUACUCGAGAAUAGUAUCUUAUCGAAACACGGUGUUCUUGGGACCUUUGUAUGACCUGUACAGAGGCAAUGACGUUGAAAAGAUCCAAAAGAGUAUAAAGAAACAUCGAGAAAGUGUCGAUAAGGCUUCCGAGUCGGUGAAAAUGUUCAAAAAGAAGACGGACAUGAGGAAAAAGCUCUUUGCAUUAUUGCUGGAAAACAGUUUUUGAUCAAUGAUGGGUUCAUUAAUCACCUUCAGCUCAUAUACAGAUCUGUACAUUGGCUAUUUGGUCCUAAUUACAAACAAAACUUCAGUCAAA